UGAAAUAAACCAUGGAGGGGUUGCACACUUCCAGUUUACACCAUCAGCAAAGUGCAUUCAGUGUCUUUGUUCAAGUUGGGCCUACAGAGCAGCCUCUGCACCACUGCUGACAUUGCAGAGCAUUGCCUGGGCACACAGCUACUCCAUUGCACAAGUUCUGCUGUGGAAAUCACUCAGCAUUGGCAAGAGGUGGCCACAAACUGGGAAGAGGCUGCUAUUGUCUUCUGUUACCAGUGCUUGGGAAACUGAUUUCCAAGCCCAUCUCCAGAAGCAGAGGUACACUUGGGAGGCCAGCAGGGAGCUACUCACAGGAGCACACAGGAAAGGGCAAGCAAGGCCUCAGUGAGGGAUGAUCUCCUUACAAUACAGCUUUAUUUGACUCUCAACUCAAGUUCAAACAGCAAUGGCUCAGACCAGCAACCAGCAACAAGUGCUACUCAGUGACAUCAGCUCAGGCAGCUCCAGCCAGCCCGGCCUCGGGCAGCACACGUUGGUGUCACUGUGAUGACACAAGGGCACCACAGUGAUGUCUGAGCAUCUCCCACUGGAACACCCAGGCAGUGCCGGUGGAUUUCCCUUGCCAGCAGGCAGGGCGAACACUGGCUCGCUGCACAGAUGGCUGCAUGUGCAACCUUUGGACAAAGCGAGACAGGAGAUAUUGAAAUGGAGUCGUCUGCAGCAGAAACAGCUUCUGCUGCUGGUCCUGAGGAGCUGAUUGAGACUUCAGGCUCCACUUUUACUGACCCUACAGGACACGAUCAAGCACCAGCUGGCCAUGCUGCUGGAACAUCAAUACAGGAAGAACAGGACUCACAGGUGUUUCCAGAAGAAGAGGAAACCAAAGGUUUACCUCGCAGUUUGUCUGAAGAAAGCACUGGCCUAGCCAGGGUCUUCUCAUCCCUUAGCUUCCCACAAAAACUCUGGGUACUGGUGGAAAGUGACCAAGUGAAGAGCAUUCAGUGGGGUCACGGAGGAAACUGCAUUGUAAUCCAGAAAGAAAUGUUCAUGUUGGAAGUUCUGGCAAGGGAAGCACCUGUGAGAGCCUUUGAGAGUACCUGCAUGAAGAGCUUUGUUCGCCAGCUGAACCUGUAUGGCUUCACCAAAGUGCCACGGCACUUGGAAGGAUCUUUCCUUCCUCAAUUUCUGGCCGAGGAAGAAGCAUUUGCUGUCCAUAGGAAGUUACUCCUCUAUUCCAACCCACACUUCAGAAGAGAUUACCCGCAGCUGCUGGGAUACUGCAAACGAAGAGUAGCCCACAAGAGAAGAGACAUGGCUGCCCCUACCCCUGCCCUACAGGAGGCUCUGAAUGAGAGCCCCCAGAGGAGCAGCCCAGAUGCCCGGCCCAUGCAGGGAGUGGCUGCUGGGCCAGAGAUGAGCCUGCAAGCAGCAGAGCAAGAAUGCACGCAGGCAGCAGCACCCAUGGGGCCCCCGCCAGCCAAGCGCCCUAAGAAUAACAACCUCCAAGCUCAAGGAGGUGCUGCUCACAUCCUGCCAGGCCCUGCUGCAGCACCAGCACUGGAACAGUGCCAGGCUCUGCCCUUCCUGCUCCCCUCUUUCACACCUGGCCAUCCUCAGCAGGAGCUCCUGCAGCCCCCAGAAACACCACAGCUGCAGGCUCCCUGGGCCGCCUUGAAUUUCCUUGGCUCCUGCUUUGCAAUGGCCAUGAGGGCAGCAGCCAUGAUGAUGCCACCGGACUGGCAGCCCCGUGCAGCCCCGCACUGCCCAACGUGCACCUGCAGCCAGCACCGGGCAGACGCAGGCCAUGAGACGGCCCCAUAGUGCAGGACCCACUGCAGACAGCGGGACAGAAGCCCUUACUUACAUGUCCCUUACUUACAUGUAGCUCAUAGGUGAUUAGUUGCAGAAAUAACAGCUAUCAGUAAUUAACCUUUUUAGUUCUCAUACCCCUUUGUUUACAUAUUUAACACUUAUCUGGAAAUAAAAUGAUUCAAUAAUAAACCUUUUCAGUUGUCAU